AAGAACAUGACAUAAAGACUAAAGUUGUCGAAGGGUAAAGUGGUGUUGUGAGACCUGGAGCCAAGGAACUGCCGAGUCAUGUUAGUGUGGGUGUGGUUAGGUCUUCUUCUGCCGGCGCUGGUUUCUGGACUACAGAUAUCAGACGAGCUCUACUUCCGAGCACCGCCGCUGUACCACCUGGACGACUACGAGCGCUGCCUGUUCCUCGGCGGUACCUUCUGCCUCGGGGAGUUCCAGCUACGACCACAAGGAAAUGUCUCACUAUUCCAAGAGUUGCAGGAGAUAUCAUCUCAUCGGUAUCUUCCAAAUCGCACACUGCUUCACCGAGGACUGUGCUUGACAUCAUCCGAGGAGGACCCUACCACUGUGUUCCAGCAGAUGGUGGACCGAGACAUGGCUGAGAACUACGGGUUGCGCGCGAGAAUCAAACGCCUCAAUUAUUGCAAAAGCAAAGACGCGCCGGGCACACGACCCAUAGACUACACUGAUGUGCUAAUGGCUGCAGUGAUUUUAUCGAUUUUAGUACUUAAUGUUGCUGGAACUGUUUAUGAUUUUAAGAGAAAUCCUGAAGAGAAACAUAUAAACCGCUUCCUGAUGGCGUGGUCUCUCCGCAACAACUGGAACCGGCUGACGGCGCACCACCACGGGGACGAGAAGUUGGACGCGCUCGCGGUCAUACACGGCAUCAAGGCGCACCAAGGACUGUUGGUUGUGGCUGCGCAUACGAUGCUGGCUCUCGUUGUGGUGUACUUGAAAGAUACCAGAUAUGUUGAUGAUAUUAUCACACGUCCAGAAGCGAUCCUUGCAAAAAAUGGUACAAUCGUAGUCCAGACGUUCUCGACACUCAGUUGUUUCUUGCUGGCCUACAUGCUGCUCCUCCACGUGGACAAGACGAAGAAGAUACUGCCUUUGAGCAAAGCACCCGCCAUAAUACUGAACCGGUACAUCAGGAUGACUCCAACAGUGAUGUUCAUGGUGGGCGUGACAGCGACCUGGGUGGCGCGCUCGGGAGACGGGCCGAUGUGGUGGCACAUGGAGCAGCUUGAGGCCGACUGCCGCGCCAAGUGGUGGACCCACCUCUUCUUCCUAAACAAUAUUAUCAAUCCAGACCAAAGGUGUACGGUACAGACAUGGUUCCUCGCGGUAGACAUGCAAUUAUUCCUAGUAGCUGUUGUCCUCACGCUGCUUCUACUGCCGAACCCGCGUCGCGCGCCCCGGAUCCUGCUCUCGCUCUACGCUGCGGUCGUCGCGACCAACUUAGCGCUCAACGUCAAGUGGCAGAUGGUGCCCAUGGUCAGCAUGACUACUGUUGAUAACAUGCGCAAUUUAUGCGUGGAACUAGAAUCUUACAACUGGUAUUACUUGAUGCCGUGGAUCAGCUUCCCGGCCUGCCUUCACGGGCUCAUCCUCGCCUUCGUCCACUACAACUUGCAGCAAGACGGCUUCAAGCCUGCUGAACACAAGUGGCCCCAUGUGGCUACGAAGUGCGCAUACGCCGGCCUACUCGCCGCGAUAUUCAGCGGAAUGCUGGUGGAGAAGGUCUCCAGCCCGCUGGCGCUGUCCAUCAUAGCCACCUUCGAUAGAGUUGUCUUCAACGCACUCGUCACGUUCAUCCUUUGGGCACUCAUCAAUAAAGUUGAUGGCACGGUACGCGACUACCUGACCUGGCGCGGCUUCCACAUCGCCAGCCGCAUCGCUCUGUCCGUCGCUCUGGUCCACUGGCACAUCAACCUAGGCGGGCCAGCAGCGCAGUCUCAGAUGUUUGAGCUGACCAUAUACAACUAUGUGGUCCAGUGUAUCUCGGGACUGGCGCUGUCGUAUAUGCUCGCGCUGCCGCUGCAUCUCAUGGUGGAACUACCAACACAGAAACUCAUCGACAUAAUAAUGUGAUCCCUCAUAUAGAAUAGAAUAUGUGCCUUCAAAUCUUUUAUAGUAUUUGCAGUUCAAAACAUAAGUAGUUAAUUCCACUUCUAUCGUUUUUAUACCUAUCGUCAUUUGAGAAAUCUAUCAUACAUGACACAACAAGGAUGAUUCAAACCUGAGACUGAUGUAUGGAAAAUUUCAACGUAAAACUAAACAAUCUUGAUGUUUCACCAACAUUUAAGAUCAGGGUAGAUGAUUUUGCUUUGACAAGACUAUGAUCAUUCAUAUAGUAUCCAUAUGGAAACUAAAAACAAAGUAAAAAGAAAUUGGAUUCUUAUUUUGUUGUUGAAGUUAUUUAUUACACUAUUCAAGCAAAUUUAAUGUUCCCAAUCAUCAACCUAUACCGAUCUAUACCGAUAUAUAUUGCGUAUAAUAUUAUAUAGUAACUAUAUAUUUCUUAAUCAAAUAAAGCUAUUUGAGUUUUU